UCGUUCACGUGACACCUUUCCUUAAAUAGUCGUCUUCGCAACGUUGGUGUCAUAAAUAUUUUGAUUGCCAGUACUCCAGUGUGUUGAGAUUUGAUAAUGAAAAAUAUGCAUCCGUGUUUAUCAUAUGAUAAUAUUGAAGAAACUAAAAUGGAUAUAUCUAAUAUUUCACAACAGGAAUUUUCAGAAACACAAGUUUGUGAGACCAUCUGUCGUCGGAAAACCAGGCGCGGUAAAAAGAAAAACAGAAACGUGUCGAGACUAGAAAAUGGUGGGUGUUGUCAGGAAAAUGAGAUAGACUCGUGUAAUCAGUGCUCAACUUUGAUGGAAGAAUGUGAUUAUAUUCAUGAAAAAAUGAUCAGGAAGUCUGGAAGAAGAAGAACCGGAAGACUUCUGAGGCCAAGAUACAGUCCCAAAGCUCCACGCAAUUACACAUCCUUUAUUAUGGACGAUCAUUUAGAAAACGCAUACGGUUAUCUUGAUUAUAAAUCCCCAGAGUCAAAUUUCGACCAGAGAGUCGAUGAGGGUUGGUCAGUUUCUCCUGAUUAUUUUUCAAGACUUGGUAGUUCAGAUAAUGUAGAAUUUUGUGAUGAGGAUAUUGAAAAUGAGAAUUUAGAUUGUGUAAAAACAUUAGAUUUCAUAAAAAAUGAUUUUGAAUUCACAUAUAAUUCAUCACGUACUGAAGAACUUUCAAAAUUAACCAAAGAUGACCUUAUCGUAGCAAUUUGUAAAAUGGAAGAUCGAGCAGAACAAUUAUCAAAGAAUUUAGAUAACGUUGAAUUACAAGAUAAAAGUCCAAAUUUAUCUAUGAAGCGCAAUAUCCGAAACCUCCAAUAUGAAAACAAAAAGUUACAGAUUGAAAAUGAAGCAUUGAAAGCCGUGUUAUGUCCGCAACAAAGUGACUUGUAAAUACAAAUGGAUUGUGUUUUCGACUUCAUCAUGUUCAUCUUUUCAUGUACAGUAAUUUAUUCUUUUAACUAUAGAAACUUUUUAAAGACAUUUUAAUUGUAAAAAUGUUUGUCUCCUAGCUAGUAAAGUUAAAUAUUAAAAUGUGCUAUUUUAA